UGACCUCCGCAUUUGCCUGGAAUGGAUUGUAAAGAGAUGGAUUUGUAUGAGGACUACCAGUCCCCGUUUGAUUUUGACACAGGCAUGAACAAAAGCUACCUCUACCUCUCUCCUAGCGGGAAUGUUUCUCCACCCGGAUCUCUGACCCUUCAGGAAUGCGGUCUGUUGAGGACGGACACAGUGCCUGAGGAAGCAGAAGAUGCCGCGGCCACCACCAGUGCCACCGAGACGCUGUCUGAGGAGGAGCAAGAAGAGCUGAGAAGGGAACUCGCCAAGGUAGAAGAAGAAAUCCAGACUCUGUCUCAGGUGUUAGCAGCAAAAGAGAAGCAUCUAGCAGAGAUCAAGCGGAAGCUAGGAAUCAACUCACUGCAGGAACUAAAGCAGAACAUUGCCAAAGGGUGUCAAGAUGUGACGGCAACGUCUGCGUACAAGAAGACAUCUGAAACCUUGUUUCAGGCUGGGCAGAAGGCUUCUGCUGCAUUUUCGUCUGUUGGCUCGGUCAUCACCAAAAAGCUGGAAGACGUAAAAAACUCCUCAACCUUCAAAUCCUUUGAAGAGAAAGUUGAAAACUUAAAGUCUAAAGUAGGAGGAACCAAGCCUGCUGGUGGGGAUUUUGGAGAAGUCUUGAAUUCGACUGCAAAUGAUGCCACCUCUGGGGAGCCGGUUCCAGAACAGACACAGGAGGGCCUGUGAGAUUCCUACCUUUGUUCUGCUACCCACUGCCAGAUGCUGCGAGCGAGAUCCAAGCACAUCUUGUCAACAUUCAUCGCCAAGGAUUUCUACCAGAUGUGCUCUUAUUUAGCUUUACAUAUUUCUUUGACCAAAUAGUUUGUGGUUUAAACAAAAUGAGAGUACCUUCACCUGUAUUCCUGGAAAGCAUCCUUUAAUGUACAUUCAGGGCCCUUUAUUGAGGAAACGUUUAUGAAAACACUUGUAGUAUGUGAGGACACUCACUAGAAUAAUCUAAGACUGUGCAAGCUAUCUUAAUUGCGUUCCUAUUUUACAAAAAUUGUUCUGGAUGCCAGAUUGAUCUUUGUCUUCUAUGACAUUUUCUUUUUUGAACCUCUGUAUAUUUGAUUCCUAACUAAAAUUGUUUUGAUUUUUCUGAAUCUUGGUUAUU